UAUGAGGGAAUCCAUCAGUAGAUCUUGUCACAGAAACAGAGCACUAGAUCACCUUCCAUGUCAUGAUCUGAUCUGUUUGCAAUAGGAAAGGUAGAUAGAGAAAAGGCUGGUGCAGGGAGUUGAAAUGGAAGGAGGAGCUGUGUUUGGCCUUCUGUGUUGUCUUACAUUUUCCAUUCCGCUGCCCAAAGGGAAAGGAAGGAGUGAGGGAAUCUCUGAGCACAAAGAAGACGAAUAAAAAUCCCAUUUUGAUCACUUCUCCCGUAACCCAAGAAAGACUACUCACUGAAAGUACAAGGAACCAAUCAAAGGCGAUAGACAGAGAGAGAGAGGCCCGAUGUUGACAUAUCUUCUGUCACUGUUCUUAGACAGUCGUUCGUUUGUUGUGAGAGGCGUUCUUCUAUCUCGGAUCUCUCUCCUCUCCCUUUCGUUGUGGUCCAGGGGAUCUAAGUCCUUAGAUCUGCAGCUGUGUCUCCUGCCAAUGCCCAACUCCAGAUGCCCGGCUCUUCUCGGUAGCUCUUUUUGAUACCAAAAGUUGGACCUUUUUGGCUGAGACUUCGUUGUUCGCGGUGCCGAUACUGGCCCUUGGCUUGGGUUGUCGUCUCCUGGAUCGCUGUAGCCGUUGCCGGCCCUCAAACGGGUGGGGCACCUGGGAAGUUGGCGUUUUUCCAUGGCGGAAGGCCCGCGGCCGCUGGGAUUUUGGAUGUUCCGCGUUCUGAUGUUGAAUCCGCUGCAGCGAUGUCCGCGAGAUGGAUGAGAGGGAGGGGCGAUGUGGAUUGAGCCUUCAGAUAAUUUACUUGCUGGAUGCUGCAGCGCCGAUGAACAAUUCUGCAUCCAGGAUUUGAUGGGAAUUACAUCCAAGUGGCUGUAGCCUAUUGCUAACUGGACUGGAAUGGCAACAAAAGUGCAGAAUAAAAAUUACCUUCCAGGAUAUUGUUCCAUGCAGGAUGUUAAGGAGGAUGCAACAAGCGGUUGGUAUACUUACUUUCAGGAUAAGAAAUCAAGUGAGUAUCUCCAUGAUAGUUACGUACCAAAGCUGGUGAAUGGAAACUCAGGGCAGGAUAAAGAAAUGUUAAAGCAGAUGAUGCUUGAACAUGACACCAUAUUUAGGAACCAGGUAUUUGAACUUCAUCGUCUUUAUAGAAUACAGAAAGACUUGAUGAAUGAGUUUCAAACUAGAAGGUUUUAUCAGCCUUCUAUGGUGGCAGAAGCAUCACACUCAAAUUGUUUAUCUCAAAUGCAAACAGAAUGCACUGGAGGAAUGUCAGAUGUUUCUCACUUUACCAUAGGAAAUACCAGCUAUGGACAGACACCUGUUGCAGGCACUGAGAGGCUUCAGGUCCAUUUUACAAGGGAAGGCAGCACUCAAUCUGAUCAUAUCCCAGUAUCAAAUGAUGCUUCUCCAAAGGGCAUCAAGCAACUAGACUACAGGUCUCAGAAGAGGAGAACGUUUGACCUUCAACUGCCGGCUGAUGUAUAUAUAGACAUUGAAGAUAGUGAUGAAUAUGGGCAGACAAAUAUCACUGAGCCAUCAUGUAGUUCUAGUAUUCUCAAGAAUGGAACUUGCUCUCUCUAUUCUGAGAAUGAUGUGAAGCUCACUCUAGCGAGUAGUCACGGAGAAGACCAUUACAUGUCGAAGUCACCAACACAAGUCAGUGUAUCAGCCUGCAGCACAGUCGAUAUAAGUAAAUCUACAACAGAAAUGUGUUUUGAGAGACCCGCAAACUCUGCGUUUGUUCAGUUACUUGGCUUCAAGACACACAGUGAAUGUAGCCAACGGCACCAUUCUUCGGUGAGAUCAAAUACACUUUUUGUGGAUAGGCACAGUGAUCAACAGGCUACUUCAGAGUUCUUGUAUGCGAAUGUACACACAAAAAGAGAAUGGCCAUUCUCUAGUCAUGAAUCUGGUGGGAAUGGGAGCUCUGUGUUUUUUCUCGAUCAGACAUCCUAUAAUUAUAAUGUCUCAACAUCUAGAGCAUUACAAUUGAACACUAAGAGAAGUGGCAGAAGUUUUUCAUUUGAUUGUAAUAACCCGGAGAUACGAUCUAGACAAGAGUCAACUCAUGAUGUCCAGGCACCUGUAAGGGCCCCUCACUUCACCUGCUCAAAUUCAGGUCUGAUGUCUCCUUCAAUGCCUUCUUCAAUCACAAUUCCCCAGGCCGAUUCAACCAGUUAUGGAUCUUCAUUUAUUUCAUCUUGGAGAAAACCUGCCACCAGCAUAAGCAACGAGACACUUGCGAUUCAAACACUUCCAUGCUGCAGUGGAUCAUCAAAUCCUAGUAAUGAGAUGUUGAGUUCCAAGGUAGAUGCUCAGAUUCCUAUUCCUUGUGAAUGGUGGCAAUAUGGUAGGAACCUGACCACAAGCCAAGAAUCUGGUUUUGGUGUCUAUCGGACAAAUGGAUUUCACCAUGGUUUUCGACCAGAUUCUCAUUCUGUACUACAUUCAAAAGUUGUAUCUAGUGAGCCAGACCAGACCGAUGACAGUAAUGAAGGUCUUCAUGAUUAUACAUCUGGAAGCUGUGUAAAGGGUUUUGCAAGUAGAGAUUUGAAAAGUCCAACAAACAUGAACAUAAAUCAAGUAUUUCCAAGUGGUAUUGAAGAUGUUGAGGAUAAAUACGACAAAUUGUCAGUGGGUUCAUCUUGUCUCAGAAAGAAGAUAUCUUGUAAUUUGUCUGUUGGCUUGAACAAACAUGCCUCCAAAGUGGCUUUUAGCUUCUCAAGUGGACAACCUCAGCUUAAUUCCAGAUCUGAUGCCGUUGCUCCAGACAUUGGGAGGAAAGUAGAAAAGGAGCUAGAUUAUUCUCUCUGUAAUCUGCAGGAAGUCAUGCCAAGUUGUCAGUUUAAGGAUCACAAGAUGCAGGGAAAUGAAGUUUCUGAAAACAAUGGCGAAAAAAUCCUUCGUCUUUUUGUUCAUGAUAAAAAUCAGCAAAUUAACAUGUCUGUUUCUGUUGGACAUAUGGAAAAACAUUUAACUGACAAUACCAAGAUUAUGAUAAAUGAUGACAUGACCUUCACAGACUUGGGAUGUGAUCCAAAAGUCCUAAAAUCGCAGACAGAUAUUCAUGUUGGUGACUCAGUCACUGAAACAUGUCCUGGGGAGUGCAAAGGGAGCUUUAAGAAUCACAUUGAUCUGAAUGUUGAGUUAGCAUGUACAGAUUAUCCCAUAUCUUCAGUGAAACUACCUCAAGGCGAGAUAGUGGUUCAGUCAUCACACUGUAUACCAAGCUUUGGUGCAAAAAUUGCUUCUGCCAUUGAUUUGGAGGCACCGAUAUCCCAGUACAAAAUGGGUAUCAUAAAUAAGCAGAGAUACAUCCCAUUAAGCGAGAAAGAUGGUUCAAAGGAAAAGGACUACUCUGUCGAUGCACUAAUUAGAUUGGCUGCAGAGAAUUUGGUUGCUAUUUCUAUAGAUUGCAAUGGAUGUUUGCCUGGAUUUGACACCUUGUCUUGGUUUGCGGAAGUUGUAUCAUGCAGUGCAGAAAAUCCAAUGCUUCUGGGUAAUGUGGGAGAUGGUGGUACAAAAUCUUCAGAUUAUGAUGAUUUUGAUCUUUUUGAAGCCAUGACGCUGACCCUUGAAGAAAUUAAGGUGGAUCAGUAUUGGUCUAGACCUAAAGAGCUCGAUGACAAAGAUGUAAAGAAAGACAAAGGAGAUGCAGGUUUAGCUUCAUUGCUUCUCACAAAGCCUCGGCGUGGCCAGGCACGAAAGAGGAGGCAGCGGAAGGACUUCCAGAGAGAUAUCCUGCCAGGGCUAGCAACACUGUCAAGGCACGAAAUAACAGAGGAUCUUCGAACCAUUGGGGUGAUGAUGCAAGCAUCAGGUAGCCCUUGGCAGACAGCUUUAACAAGAAGGACCAAAGGUCAGAAUCAAAUGACCUGCAGAGCGAAGGGAAGGAGGCAGCCUAGAAGUUUGGCCAUCACCAUCGAGGAGAUUCACGUCAGCCCCCCUCUGCAUCCACAACCCGGUAAUUUUGAAGUAGGAGUUAAUGACAGGAGCAUGAUCGGAUGGGGAAGGAUAACAAGGCGGCCGCGCAGGCAGAGAUGCCCUCCUGGCAGUCUCCCUCUUCCUCUAACUUAGGAGGAGCACCAAAGUUGCAAUGUUCUUUCCAUGGAGGAAUUCAACACUUUUGUUCUUUGAGGUGCAAAUGGAAUUAUUAUAUAUCGUCUUCAUAAGCUUGUAGGUUUCAGAAUAAAUGCUGCAUUGCUUCAUGAAGCCGAGAAGAUUCUGACUGAAGACUAGAGAAGUGAAACUAGUUCAGUGAUUUCCAUGUAAUCUAAACUCAUUGUAUAACUGCUGAUUGAUAUGCUGCAUUUCUUGCACCUCCUUCUUGUUGCUGCUGCAACAAAUCAAAAUGCUUUUUUAUGUGGAUC